AUGUCUCUCCCAAAAUCAACUUUAUCGCCUCCGCUUUCGUCCCCCUCCUCCAAGAAUUCUCUUCGACGACCCCCCUCUCGGCCGCAUAGCAUCGACCAAGUCGUACACACAAAUGAUACUCCAGACGAACACCCAAGCCAGCCCGUCGACCCGCCUCCAGAAGGACAGGAUGAACCAACACACCACGAACCGCCAUCUCCAGCUCGAAUUAUAUCCCAGCCAUUCUUCACCUUGAUCGAGGAUACCCACAUUUCGGAAUACUACCACCCAACAGUCCACUACAUCUUCUCCGACGAUGACACAGACAUUGUGACAGAAGCUGUGUUACGCUCCCUCGAGUCAGAGCAAAACAGCCCCUCAAACUCAAAGUUGAAGGGCAAGUCAAAAGCGCCACACCAAAGUCUUGGAGACCCAGAAGCAGAAGGAGCGUACGAGGAUGGAAGUCCGAGUAGGAACCAACCUCAGCUUCCGGACCCGAUCCCCGGCGUUCGAGACAAUUAUAUUAUUCUAGAUAUUGAUCGCACCCCCGACGCUCAUGGGGAUCUCUGCCCUGCCGGGACGUCACAGGAGGGGCGAGGCCAAGAGCAGACGGCCGCGUCCUCGCCACCGGACAACAAUAACCCCUCACUUAACCAGCAAGACCAACCACUUUCCUCUAGCAACCUCAGAAUAAGCUCUGCGCACAGCCUAUCACCCUCCUGGCAGGUAUUGGAUUCACAACUCCUUCCAGCCCCGACAUUUGAGAAUAAUGCAUCUGGUGAGAAACCGGCAAACGGUGGACUUAUGCUCCAGAUUCAAGGCACCCCGGGCUUGCCAGUUGGUGCGCUUGGUAGGGAUAAAGAACGGGGACAUCAACGGCUAGAGGAUAUGAUGGAUCAAUUCGCGAGGAGAUUGGAUGAGCUGAAGCUGGUGAUUGAGAAUGGAGAGCGGGGUAUGCGCGCUGGAGCUUUUCAGGGUGCAAGCCCGCUCGAAGGACUUGAAACUCAAACUACCCAAGAUAUCACCUCCAGAGCAGGGGCUGAUGAACUCCAUGGAGAAGAACAUGUGCCUGAAGAUUAG